AUAAUCAAGCCAAAUCAGUCACACGAGGCCCUACUGCUUUGAGCUAUACAAAAGAUGCAAUUAAGUAAACGGCAAGGCAAGGCUAAGCGCAUCGACAAUUUACUUUAAUAUUUACUUUAAUAUACAUACACACGGUUAGAAUGUAUUAUUAUAUAACUAUCUACGCAAGGAUUGCCGCUUUGGCAGCUACGAGGAAUCAAUUGCGAAUCAAAUAAUAUUUCGUGUUGUUUCACUGCCUCAGCACAAUUUCGUAUUUGCAUCGCGUGUUCAAUGCAUAAACAUAUACGUAUAUUUAUCGGCAAGGCAUUCACACUUUGACACUAUCGCAUUCCAGCUUGAUCAUUAUAAACAUUCCAUGUUUUUCGAGCUUGACCGACAAAAUUUCCAUAAUUUGAACUGUAUUAGUCACUGAAUAGAAUCGUACGAAAGUUGGAAGUACAAUGUACACUAACUCACACACAUAUAUGCGCUUUUAGAAAGUCCACAAGAAGAUAAUAGAUAAGAAGCAGAAAACGCGAAAUACCAACCUCCGCCGAGAUAAAAGACAAAAAAAAAUUAACGACAGAUGAUUAAUUCGUGACGAAGGAGCCGGGACAAGUAGCGCCUUAAACUGACAACUUCGAGGUCGAAGAUAAAAAAAACGCGUCCAGGUUAAGCAAAGAGCGAAUCUCUUAAACCGGAACCAUAGGGGGCUCUAUACGAGGCAGGCCGGUGUCCUCGGCUAAGAGGCGCUUCUAUCAGGCCUUGCGCGCCGGUGCCUCGGUCGACUCGGACGAUUCCACCGUCGUUAUGGGCGCGGCCGACGAGGACGAGGAAGAGCGACGCUCGAGCCAGCUGCGAGUCGAUCCCAGCUACGCUCAGAGGAAGUACAGCUACGACAGCAAUCCGAGAAAGUCCAUCAGCAUCUACGAUGGCAGCCAGAGAAAGUCGAGCAUGGCGGCCCUCAGCGAGGCCGACACCACGCUGGCCGACGGCGAGGAAAAGAUCGGCGGUAUUCUACCGGCCGAGGAGGUGGUCUCGUUCAUGGAAAAAGCCAAAUUCUACACGUCCUUGUGUCUUGGAUCGACGUCCAUACUGGCGGUUUUUGCCUUCCUCUUUGCCAUUCCGUUUGUCGUUGAACCGGCGAUAUCGACGAUUCUGGCCGAUUUUUCGUCUCGACCCGUUGCCUGCGCAACGACCAGUCACGUUCUCGCCGAGGGCUUGAAAAACUGUUCAUGGGCCAGUUGCAGAGAAGGCUGCACAGCCGCCGUGACGAGCUGCCAUCAGAUACGGGUAAACUACACAAAAUUGUCUUACGACGAGUUCACGGCCUCGCCUACGGGCAGCGUCAACUGGGACAUGAUCGACACGAAAUUUUUCGUAAACGCAGAAGGUUGUGGUUACCCGGACACCGGAGUGAUCUGCGCCGAAUUCGCCAAGAAGUACGGAAACACCAGCCGCGGCAAUGUCUUUCCUUGCUACUACAGCCGAACCUACCCGGAAACUGUCAUAGCCAAAUACUCGUGGGAUGACAACCUCCGCAACUUAAUUCUGGCCUUGACCAUUCCAGUGUUACUAUUUAUCCUACCCCUGGUGGUACUGUGCUACUGGUACUGUCCUCCGGUGAGAAAAUCAUGCGGUUCCAAUCGAAGUCUUAUCGAUAAAUUCGAGAGGAAGGAAGACAUUCUGGGAGAAGAGGAUUAUGAAGAGGACGAAGAGGAAUACUGACUGUUGCCUCGGGCUCACCCCAAUGGACGGGAGUGACGCCAGUCGGAUACUUACUGCUAAUUUGUCUCGUUACACCAGUAAGAAAAACAUUGAAAAAAUUUCUUUUUACAACAACGAAUACCAAUUUGCGUUUGGUAGCAAUAAUUUUUAUACCUCAAUUAUUGUCGUUAAAUACGUACAUGCUUCAAAAAUAGAAGAUAGAAAUAUCGAUUUGACUAACAUUUUUUUGAAUAUCAUUGCAACAUCAUUAUCUUCAUAAUAACAAAAUAGUUUUACUCGAAAAGAAUUUUGAGUAUAGUAAAAAUCGAAUAAUUAUACAUAAAUUGUUGAACAACUUAUUUUUUUACUUCCGAAUUUAUAGUAAGUCAUCUAUUUAUUUAAUUUUUGAUAAAUUGAGAUAGUCAUCAAUUUUUUGUUAAAUAAGUGAACUGCAUUAAAAACAGUUGAAUAGAUAUUAUUUCCAAAACACUAUCUUACCGAAUAAUACCUAAGGUAUGUUUAUCGAAAGUAUUAUCUAACUCUGUCCACUUGUCUACUACGAUCAAUGCUUAGUCUUCGUACGACUUAAUUAUCUACCCAUUAAAUCAGGGAAUACCUUCUGAAAAUUACACGAUGAAAAAUAUUUGUCUUAUCUAAAAAUUGAUAAAAAAGUUUAAAUAAAAAUGCUUUUAGUCGCAAAUUGUUAUACAUAAUAUAAAAUUGAAUAAUUUUAAGAUUUUGACAACGUGAAAUAUCAAUUCACAUAAAAUAUGAAAAAUAUACAAUAAGUUAAUAACUAGGCUUAAUGUGGCCGAUUGAACAAUAUCAUCGACAAUUUCAUAAUGCUUUGUUACAAAAAUGCAUUACUGAUAUAAAUCCAAACUCUAUAUAAUAAUGCAUUUUAUAAUCAAUAUAAUGAAACAUAAAAUAAUAUAAACUACGGUAUUUACUAUAUAAUUACCGAGUGAAGACUUUUACAAUGGUGCAAGAAUUUUCAUUGAUUAUAUAAAAAGAACAUUAUAUACAAUGUAACAAUACGAUGGUUAAGAACUCUACUUAAGUAUUCGAAUAAUUUUUCAUUUUCAUUCUUUCCUAUUACGUCCAUUUGUCACUAAUAAUAUUGAAAAAUAAUAACAAUGCGCGAUUUGAUACAUGUAAAAAAAGAUUAACAUUUAUAUAUUAAUAUAUAUUAUAUGAAUUAUUAAAAUGUAUGAAAAAGAAUAUUAUGAUAUAUAUAGUUCAUAAGUUUGCCUGAGAACAUUAUCGAUAUUAUAUUAUGGUUAGAGUAUAUAUGAAGUUGUUAAUUGUAAAUUUUGUAUAAGGCCGCCGCGCGGGCGCCGUGGUUAUAUAAAUUAACAAUGUUAUUGACGAAUUUGUGAUCAAACUAGUUGAAAAUUUCGAUUCAUCAGCAUGUGUGCGCACAGGCAGAAAUUCAACAGUAUUUUUUUCGUCGUCUCUGAUGCACAAAUAUCAAAGAUUUUAUUGUACGAUUGCAUUGAGAGCACAUGUUAUGAGAUGAACAAAAAAAUGAAUAAUCACGACGUUCAUUUAGGUUUCGAAAUUAUGCAAUUAGCAUUGAAAUUGAGAAAGAAUAAAAUGCUCAAAGGUGAGAGUUAAAAAAUGAUUGAAUUUUGUUUUAGCAUUUUUACUAUAUUGAUUGUUAAUUUUUUUAUAUCAACAGGGUAUGCACAAAACUAAAAUUAAAUAUUGUAAAGUGAUGUAAUGCAUUAAGAUUAGGCUUCACUUUUAUUUGUAUCACGUAAAAUAAAUAUUUUAACAUUUUCAUUACGCACAUUUUGCACCUAACGUAAUAGAGUACAAGUCUUUAGUUAACAAAAAUGAAAAUAAAGCAAAGAAAAUAAUUUGCUUUAAACGCAACAUAAAUAAUAAUUAUUUAUUUGCUUAUGUGAUAGACACUUUUUGUACCUGCUAAUUGUAAUGAUAUAUUAACGCCAAUGAAAUAAUAAGGUAUGAAUCUUGAAAUAUAUAAUUUAUUCGUCAUCUAAAAUUGAUUGGCUAAUAUUUAAAAUCAAUUGUUUCCAUUCACUACAUAAGACUUUCGACUCGUCUUACAGACAAUCUAUUAUAAUAAUGUCAUCUUUGGUAAACUGACUUUCAUAACGCAUAUCGUUUAAAAAUUACUUGUUAUUAUCUCUGUAUUCUACUUUUCAAAAAGCUUUUUCAAUUCGUUACAGAGAUUAAAAACUGAAUAAUCGCCGAAAAUAGUUUAAUGUUUAGUGCCAAUUAAUAAUAUCAUUAUUGCAAAUCACUUUUAUUAUGAUUUGUAAAGUUUUUUUAAAAUUAGUUGGUUUUUCGAGAUCAAUGCAAAAUGAUCUGAGAUUAAUAUUUCUUGGAAUUUGAAAUAUCAAUCAACUGAAAUUGUUAAAAAAUUACUCAAGUGGUAUUGAAUGAGGUUGAAUAGUUUUAAUAGACAGUAAUUUAUUUAAAAAUGCAUAAAAUAUAUAAUGGUACG